AUGCUUGUCCCCCAAGCAGCUGCGGAGCAGACAACCAUGCAAGUAUGGAUUCCUAUGGUACCCCCGGGCAGCCCGGAUUUUUACGAUGAGGUGGAAGGUGUUGUCGAGACUGUUACAAACGGCCAAACGGUACUCGGUAUACGAUACAAGGCGAGCGCGGCGCCAGCGGACUAUUACCCUACCCAGACCAUCACCGUUGGGCAGAACACUUUCAGAUACUCACUAACAAGACCCUACGGGGCCUCCAUUGUUGACUGCACCAUGACCGGCUGCCCCACGGCUACGACGGCGACGUGCGUCCUUAUCGAAAGCGAGUCAGGGAAAGGCCUUUCCACGGCCACUCAAACGGUCGAUGCUACCGACAUAUCCUUUGGCCCUCUUUCUCUCGCCACGCCUCUGCCCGACAGCACCACUCCCGAGUGCGGCGCCGAAAACGCCGACAAGACCAAGACCCCGAGCAACACUGAGACUGGCACUGGCACGGGCGCGAGUGCGAGCGCGACCGGAACUGGUGGGGCCGGCUCCGAUAGUGCGGGACUGAAGGUUGUUGGUUCGUGGAGGGCGAUCGCUGCGGCUGCCGCGCUGGCCCUUGCCGCUACAAUUUAA